UUAUUAAUCAAAUCAGAAAUGAGAUCUUUGCUCAAAUAUUCGUAUAAGUCAAAUAUUUCUUCACGAUGCAAUAAUAUAAUUUACGCUCUGUAAUAUAAAUAUCAAUAAUAUUCACCACAAGUAAAGCAAGUGUUUUUAACACGUUUCGUCCAAAUUAGGUUAGUUUCCUGGAAGUAUGUAACAGUUGUGUUCACGCACGCGUUGUAUAUUUGUUUCUAUUAAUAAUGUCUUUAUUCGACGACAAUAAUUCGGAUUCCGAUGGAGAAUUAAAAAUAAAUACGCAAUAUGCCAGCAUUUACGAUAACUUUCGUCAAAAGGAGGAAUUACAUAAAUUAAAGGCAAGAUAUGGAGAGGAUGCUGCAGCUUCAGAUGAAUCCAGUGACAGCAGUUUAUCGGAAGAUGAUGAAAAUAUCCAUAAUCCACAAUUUGAUAAAGAGUUUCUUAUAACUUUGGCUUGUUUGAAAAGUGAAGAUCCACGUAUAUAUGAUGAAAAAGUUAAGUUCUUUAGUGAUAACAUCAAACCUGGAACAUCAGAAGAUACUGAAGCAAAUGAACAGAAGAAAAAGAAAUCGACGAAAGAGAAGGCUCUUUAUUUACGUGAUUAUGAACGUAAGAUUAUAACGGAAAGAGAUGGACGAUUUAGUAGCAGCGAAGAUGAAGAUGAUGCAGGACAAAAAGCCAAAUCUAAAAUACAUACUUAUUCAGAGGAACAAAAACAAUUAAAAGAUAGUUUUAAACAUGUUUUAAAAGAUGAAAAUGAAGAUGAAGACACUGAGUUUCUUAAAAUAAAACAAAAAACUGAUGCUGAAAAACAUAAGGAAGAAGAGUCAUAUAAGGAAUGGUUGAAAGGUCAAAAGGUGAAAAUAGAUCCCAAGGAUGAAGAAAUGCUUAAAUCAUUACGUGAAUUUUGGACAGAUCCUAAUUUAGAUUCAAAUGAGAAGUUCUUAAGAGAUUAUAUUCUAAAUAAUAAGUACAUGAAUAAAGAGUCUUAUGAUACAGACUUAGAAUAUAAUCAGAUGAUUCAUGAUAGCGAUGAGAAUUUGUCAGAAGAUGAAAAAACUAUUCAGAAGCAAGAGGAAUUUGAACACAAAUAUAAUUUCAGAUUUGAAGAACCAGAUCAAGAAUUUAUUAAAAGGUAUCCACGAACAAUGGAACAUUCCAUGCGAAAGAAAGAUACACGCCGAGCACAGAAAAGGGCCGAAGUUAGACAAAGAAAAGAAGAAGUAAAGCAACGACAGAAAGAAGAAGUCAAACAAUUGAAAGCAUUGAAAAGAAAAGAAAUAGAAGAAAAGAUAGACAAGUUAAAAGAAAUCACAGGAGAUAGUGAUAUACAUUUCGACAAUGCAUUUGAUUUUGAUGCCGAUUUUGAUCCAAGUGAACAUGACAAAAAGAUGAAAGAACUUUUCAAUGACGAAUAUUAUGCUGGUGGUGAAGACGAGAACCAGAAGCCAGAAUUUCCAGAGAUCGACGAUGAGUUGGAUAUUGAACCUACAUGGGACAAAUAUGACCCAACAACAGAAAAAGUUGACAUGGAAGCUACAUCGUAUGAAGAAUCUCAUUGUGAAGAUCCAGAUUUUAAUAUGGAUGCUGAUUACAAUGAAUCCCGAGAUUUACAAUCCGAACUCAUUGAAAAUACGAAGAAAAGAAAACGAAGGAGGCGCUCUAAAUUCGCUGAACUUAUUGCAAAGGAGAAACCAAAAUUUGAUCCAAAACAAUUUCCUUCUUACAAAGAAUAUUAUGAUCAAUAUUACUCAUUGGAUUAUGAGGAUAUGAUUGGAGAUUUGCCUUGUAGAUUUAAAUACAGGAAAGUUGUGCCAAAUGAUUAUGGAUUAAGCAUUGAAGAAAUUUUAAUGGCUGAUGACAAAGAAUUGAACAAAUGGUGCCCUUUGAGAAAAGCUCUUAAGCAUAAACCAGAUUAUGUAGAAGAAAAUGAUGUCCGAAUGUAUAAACAAAAGGCUGCAAAUGAAGCAAAUAAACAAAAAACUUUUAAAAGUUUAUAUAUGAAUCCUCAAGAAAAAGAAGAAACUGCCACUGAGCAAACUAACACUAGCAGUAAGAAGCGCAGGCGAAAGAAGAAAAUUGAAAUUAAUAAUCCUAAUGUGAAAUUGAUUAAUAAUGAUACCAUUCCUAAGAAAAAGAUUAUGAAUAUUACAGAAAAUAAUAUGCAGAAUAAUUCUCAUGCUAACAAAAAUGAUGAAAAGGAUGAGCAAAAGAAAAAUGUAGUGGAUAAGAAUGAAAAACGAAAAAACAAAUUAAGAGCCGAUGAUGAUACACCUAGUCUUAAAAAAAUGAAGCUAGAUAAAGUGAAAAAGGAAGAUUCACAGAUAGAAACGGAUAACUUUGUUAAGGCAAAAAAUAACGGCAAGAAAACAUCCUUUUCUAUGGAGAAAUCUACAACUUCUCAGAAGAAGAAUAAGUUUAAUAAAACGAAGACCGGUAAACGCAAAUCAGAUAACGACGAUCCAGUGAUGUCCUUGGAAGCAGAAAGAUUAAAGACAUAUGGAAUAAGUGCUAAGAAGUUUAAAAAUAAGCUGAAAUACGGUAAUAAAAAAUUUUGACCCUCUGUA